CGCUGCCGCUGGGUCGCAUCAGCACCGUCGACGCGCCGCUUCUUCCUGCACCCAGACCUCUUUGAAUCUCGCCAAAAUCAGUUUUCCGUCCUUGCUCCGACCCCGCUCCCUCAAGCGGCUGCUGCGUGGGCUGCCGGGCGGGAUGUCGACCCCGGCGCAAAAUGAAGCUGAGGCAGGAGACUCUAUCCUCGGCUCGAAGAAGCUCACCGGCAGAGAGUUCUAUCAGAGCCUAGGGAGCCCGAAGAUGAUUGUCGCGCCGAUGGUAGAUCGGUCGGAAUUUGCAUGGCGGAUGCUUACCCGUUCCUUCAUGAAAGACAACUCACCGAAUCCCCUUCUUGCCUACUCGCCCAUGCUCCAUGCGCGCCUGUUCAAGGACCGUGCCGGAUACCGAAGUCAGCAUUUCGAACCAGUUCGUCCGAAAGCCGAUGCUGUCGAAACGUCCGCCGACACCGUGCCGUUUCUCGAUGGAAACCCCGCCAUCGACAGGCCGCUUAUAGUCCAGUUUUGCGCCAACGACCCUGACGAACUCCUCGAAGCCGCAAGGCACGUCCAACAGUAUUGUGAUGCGGUCGAUCUGAAUUUGGGAUGUCCUCAAGGCAUUGCCAAAAAGGGCCGCUACGGCGCGUUCUUACAGGAAGAGCCAGAUUUGAUUUAUAGGCUUAUCAACAAGCUGCAUACCGGGCUUUCCAUCCCCGUGACGGCCAAAUUUCGUAUACUGGAGACGAAGGAGAAGACGCUAGAGUAUGCGAAGAUGAUACUGUCUGCCGGCGCGAGCUUUAUUACAGUGCAUGGGCGGAGAAGGGAGCAGAAGGGACAUAAUACCGGUGUGGCUGAUUGGUCUUAUAUUCGCUAUCUGCGGGAUAAUCUACCGCCCGAUACGGUUAUAUUUGCGAAUGGGAAUAUUUUAAAUCACGAUGAUAUCCAGAAAUGCCUGGAUGCAACCGGUGCUGAUGGGGUGAUGAGUGCAGAGGGAAACUUAUCAGACCCAACAAUUUUCAGCGAGCCACCUCCCGUCGGCGAAGAAGGAUGCGAGUACUGGCGAGGCAGAGACGGGAAGGGGGGGUAUAGGCUGGAUUUUAUCCUGCGGAGAUACAUGGAUAUCAUCUACAAGUAUGUCCUUGAGACAGCUCCACCCGAACGCAAGCCCCUUUUCGACCCCUCCAAUCCUAUUUCUCAGCACUCCAGUCCGCAUGUGGAAACGGCCGACACACAGCCUGAACAAGAAGAAGGCCCUCCAAAGAAGAAACAAAAAAAGAGCAAAGAGCCCAAAGUUGUAUCCCCGAAUCUCUCCGUCAUGCAGGGCCAUAUGUUUCAGCUGCUCCGUCCGCUUGUCUCAAAACAAACGCACGUCCGCGAUGCUCUUGCGAGAUCCAGAGCUGGGGACCUAGCAGCAUUCGAAAAUGUCGUGUCUCUGGUUGAGCGGGUCGUCAAGGAGGGGAUUCAAGAAUAUAACGCGAAAUCAGAGUUAGACGCAGAUGUGGAGGCAGAGCCGGAUCUCUCGUCUCUAACUGGCUCUCAGGCGACGAUUGCAAAGUAUAAGCGCCCCUGGUGGGUAUGUCAGCCGUACAUUCGACCUUUGCCUGAAGAGGCACUGGAGAAAGGCGCGCUGCAAUUGAAAAAAAAGGACAGGGUAACAAGAAAGACCUCAGAGAGAGAAUCACGGGGAACUAUCGACUCGUCAUCUACCAUCCUUUCUGCAAACGGUGUUCUGAUCGAGGAGGAGAUUGCCACGCCAAAAGAUCAAUUGGUUAGUGGCUAAAUUUGCGUGAUUUAAUGCCUAUCACCAUGGAAACCCCUCACAGCUUCGACGAAAGGUCGAAAGUGAAGUACUUAGUUCUCACAGGUAAAAAGAAAGUCCGUCAUCACAUUAGGAUUGCUGGACAGAUUGCAUCCGGGACGUCAGAUUAAUCCGAAGUUGUUCCAAUUACGGACGAAUGGAAAGAUAUUCGUGAUGCGACACAUUGCGCCUCUCAGACUCUUCCCCCCAACUCCUGAAGGAGCCGGGUACCAGCAAAAGUGUUUUAGCUUUGAUUGGCCCUGGAGUCUAAAGGCUGUUUUGGACCUUGGGAGGUUGUUCAAAAGUACCUACAUUGGAUAGACGGUGGGCAUCCGGUGAGCAAGUGUCGGCAAGGAGUAGAGAUUGAGGCAUACAGGCGUCCAGAGGGAGUUGGAGAUACACAAUUAUGGCUCUUGUAUAUACAGCUCAUAGCUACGGAGUAACAUCCUCUGAUGUGCAAUCUACACGGUUUUUAUGUAGCGGG